UUGAAACCAUUUGCCAUUCGUCCAUGCUUGAAGCAAUUGUUUCCGCUUCCUUCUGCCGGUUAGUCGAAUGAGCUAGACGUCGGAGAGUGAGCGAAGUAGAACCGAGUAGAACACUACUGUAGAAGUAGGUCGUGAACCCAUCCCUUUCUCUGGACCGCGGGUCAAUUUGCAUGGUUGUGCUUUGUGCCGCGCAUAAAGCGAGGAUAAAGUUCUAAAACUCCUUUUUCUUUCCGGUCGUGCUAAUAAUCAAAGUUGUAAUCUGGUGAUGAAUCGGUGUGACAAACUUCGUGCAAGAAAGGAAACAACAAACGUCAGUUCAUCAAUCAGCAGAGCUGUGGUUGAAGUGAGCGGUUUUGUGGAGAUCCUGUGCCAUACCUGUGCUGCGCUGACCUAGCCGACCUAGCCAUGUUGUCUUUCAUCACUUCUUCGGACGAACGCAAUCGUUACCAAGCUGUGCCGGUACCUUUGCCUAUUGAAAACUUGGAGCCAGCCAGCAUUGUGAAGUUGUGGUGUGUGCGCGUGAACCAUUUGUUUUACAUAUUGAACGGUGAUGAAAAUUUGUACGCGUGCCGUGUUAGCAUGUCUCCGUCCAGCCAGGAUAAGCCAUUUAAGAUGCCGCUGGAUGUACCUUUGCGAGAUCUACUGAGUGCUAGUAGCAAUCUUGUUGUUCUUGUUUUCGAUGACGGUAGUGUCCGCACUUUGCACUACACUCGUGAAGAUGGUUGGAUCGACGGUAUUAGGUUUCAUCUGCCAUUGGACAAGACUUCCACUGUCGAAUAUACCAGCACCUGUACCGGAAGCAGUCUCUUCUGGAUCCAGCGAUCAAGCCAAUUCCGCGACGAAGUGGGAUACUCGUUGUGGAAGUGCUCCCUUUCAACGGACAGUGACGCCCUCCCGAACGUACAGUGUCUGGCCCACAGGUUACCGCCUUUCCAUUUGCAUGUGUUACGACGUGCUGCAAUAGUUAUCCCAUGUUUGCCAGAUCCACCGAAUAUUUAUCUUUCGUUUGGUUAUGCUUAUGACUUUAAAAUGGGCUGUUUGGCAAAACAGGCAGUGCUGUUAACUACGACACUGUCAUCUCCGUUAGACGUGGCUGCUUUCUACAAGAGGCACAUUCGAUUCUGGCAGGUGCAAACACAUGCUGCUGUUGUGCACCACAGUUGUGUAUCCCCUUUGGCCAACUGCCUGUACCUCCUCCUAAAGGACAACUCGGUCAUCAUGUUGAGCUCGUCAGGAGAAGUUCUGCGGCAGACAAUACUACAAGAUGUGUCACCUCGUGUUCUGGGCUGCUACGUAGUAGCGUCGACUCUCUGUCUGUUUGAAGAAUCUGCUGUGCAAUUCUAUGACUUAACAAGUGGCUCCCUGCUGGAAGAAUUGACCUUGCAGGGAACUUUCCGUGGUGUGCUGCCAAGCCUAUGGGCUUUUUGGACCACUGAAGGAGUGUACCAAUUGAGUGUGUCUGGAUGCACAUGGUACCGAAAUAGCUCUGGUCAGUUGCAAAGUGAAGCACUUGUGUAUGCUGCUUGGCAUGCCGGUGCUGAGACUUCACUUGGCUUGCCAAUAGAUGCGCAGGUUCGAACUAAAUUGAACCGCAUCUUACAUCCACUUGUUGAAUGCUAUUGGAAGCUGCAGCAGACAAAAGUAGCCCUCACUUCCUGACCUUUCGCAUUAGUCCUGACCUUUCACAUUAAUACGUGGAAGGUACACAUAGUUUCAAGGCUGUAUUGCUGUAAAAAGAAAUGCUAGGCGUGAUUUAUACUGUCGGUGAUAGUUACUCUGACAAUGCUUCUCUUUGAGUAAGAUGUACCAAGCUUGUGCUCACAAGUAGCGUCCGUCAAUGUUAAGACAUUAGCAUUCCACAAUCCGCCUACUCAGGUAAAUUCUCUGGCAUUUGUGAUGUUUUCAGAAAAUGUGCUUUGCGUGCCUGUGAUGCUUUACAAGCUAGUAAAAAAAAAAGCUUUACAAGUACAUCUUGCGCCUGUUGUCAAUAUUGCUGCACUCAGUUGUGGCUGUAUAUGUGUGAGUAUAUAUAUAUAAUAUACACUUUGAGCACUUAGUAUAUUGGCCUAGUCGGUUUGUCCAUAUUGUGCCAGGAAAUAGGCUUCUUGUUUGCUUCAUUGGAACCAGCACUCAUUAUUCAGGCAAGCAAGUACCGGUGCCUCUGUUGCAGAGCCCUGGUUUUAUCAAACUAAAUCGCAAAUUUUCUGAUAUAAAGAAAAUUGGUACAAUUCCACUUUGUCUUAGCAUCAAGCUCAAUGAGCUUGCAAUCUUGAUAGAAUAAAUUAACAUCAGUUUCACUGUAACAAUUUUACAAAAUGAGGAAGGUCACUGUAAAGUUGUUUAUGAUAUCUUGAAAUAUAUUGCUGACAUGUAUAUUGUCGCAUAAAUUGAGGCAUUCACUAAGCAGUGCUUAAUAAUAAUAGAAAUGUAUAUUGGCCAGCAGGUUACUGUGAAUGCAUGUACUGGUGUCAUUAUCCUCUUUCAGCCUCGUGUGUAAGCAUUUGUUUCUUCUGCAUCAGCCAAGAAAUGGACUAAGAAAACCGAGUUCUGUCUAAUAAAAAGAAAGUAAAAAUGUGUGUUAUAGGUGUAAAAAAAAAGAUAGUGGAUUCAUAUAUGUAUGUUUUUCUCUUGCAACAUUAGACCAGUUCUUAGAUGUCAUGCCUCUGAAGCAACACCUGACUCAUCCUAUGGAACUUCUGGAAGCAAAAAUUGCUCUUUUACUCAAAGAUAAGCUGCUUUUUUAUUUUUUUAAUGCCAUAAGUACAGUCGCGCUCAAUAUGACUUGCAACAUGGGAGCCCGUGGCCUCACGAGCUGAAAGAUUGUGCAUGGUUCAAAGUUGGCCUUAUUUCCACAACUAAAUGAUAUUUUCUUGUUGGGGAUCAUCCCCAAGUGACACAGCCAUAGGUCGGCAAAGUCACUCAUGAGUCGACUCACUCAGACUCAGAUCGAGCCGUGAGUGAGUCUGAGUGAGUCCGAGUGAGUAUUAUUUCGGUGAGCUUGAGUCCGAGUGAGUCCGGCUGAGAAAAAGUUCAGUGACUCUGAGUCCGAGUGAGUCCGGUUGAGGAAAGAUUUGGCGAGUCCGAGUCCGAGUGAGCUCUAAGGACAAAAUAUAUUUUUUUGGCGAGUCUGUGUGAGCUCCACACUUUUUUGCCGACCUAUGGUUCUAUCUACACAACUUCAGCAUUACUAUCAGCCUUAUGUCGGCUCACGUUUAUACUCCCGUCGAAUCACACAUACUUCGAAGAAUUAGAGUUCAUGCGCCCGUUCAAUAUUUAUUAAUAAGGUCGUGAGUUGUGGAGAGGGGGGGGGGGGGGCAGAUUGACCUGCCCCCCGCAAAUUCUUUCAAAGGAAGUUCUUGAUAGUAAUAUAUCGUGUGAGGCACAUCUUUCAAUAAAAAAAAUGUCUUUACUGGAUUGCAACCAGUGAUAACUCGUACUUGAAGGUACGAGAUCAAAAGGUGCCAAGUAGAGCACUAAUUAUGCAAGGUAUUAUUGUUAAAGAGCAUUGACACCAUGGUCGAAAAAGCCAAUUAUACGCUAACGGACUCAUGAGUUGACUCACUCAGAUUCAGAUAGAGCCGUGAGUCUGAGCGAGUCUGAGUGAAUAUUAUUUUGGUGAGUUUGAGUCCGGCUGAGAAAAAGUUCAGUGACUCUGAGUCCGAGUGAGUCCGGUUGAGGAAAGAUUUGGUGAGUCCGAGUCCGAGUGAGCUCUAAGGACAAAAUACAUUUUAUGAGUGAGUCUGAGUGAGCUCCACAUUUUUUGCCGACCUAUGGACACAGCGUCAUUUAGUUGUGGAAAUAAAGGGUAGUGGAAGCCAUGCGCAAUGUUUGAGUUCGUGAGGCCACGCGCUCCCGGGUUGCAAGUCAUAUUGAGUGUGACUGUACAUGUGCAAACAAACUAGAGUGGAUUGAUUCUCAAUGCCAGUUUACUCGGCACCAUUACUCAGCAAAGUUAUUUUCAAGUACCAGUUUAACU